AUGGCCUUCCCUCGUUUGCUUCUCCUCAUCGCAGUCGCUACCGUCGUGUCGGCCAACAACGACUGGAGCAAGCCAUGCUUUGACGGAGUCUGCGAGUACGACCUUCCUGCCUCGUCGGGUGCCUCUUCUGGAACACUGAAGAUCUGGGGCUCUACCGCCUCGAUCGCUGACGUUACCCCUGCUGGUGGCUGGGAGAUCAUUGGAUGCUCUCCAGAAGACCUUUCGCAAGAUAUUCGUCUUGUUUGUCAGGAAGGCAAGGAGGCAGAUUGCGAGCGUCUAUACAGCAACUCUGGUGCAUCAGGCAAGAUUGUCCGUUUGCCCGAAAGCUGCGGACGAGGUCCAUUCGCCGUAAUCACGAACGCAUGGGUACCAGAAGAUCAAUCCAUCCCAACGGAAGUUGCUCGCAGCCUUGUUCGCCGCGAUGGCACCCUGCCUCAGGUGCAAGCUCUGCAUCUGAGCACGGAAUUCGGUGCGGGUCCAAAGAAAAAAGGCACAGCCGUCAACUUCGCGAUUCGUGCCGCCAAUGUUCCCGGAGCUAAGGGAGAGAUCGACAUAUCUCUCUUUGAGAGGCGCGGUAGCCGUGCGAUGGAACGCGGGUUGUUCGACUGGAUCCAGCAAGCCCUUGAUGCUAUCAAGUCUCUUAACGAGUUCGAUGUCGACAAAUCCUCCACUAUCGCUGAAGUCGGUAUCUCCAGAAACUUCCCCUUGAUCGAUGAGAGUGUUUCUUGCCCGCCGCUGUCUGCCAACCUCAAGAUCGAUGUCGAUGCUAACGCACAUGCUGCCGUCGCCCUCGGCAUUGUUGUCAGUGGUACCGUCAUUCCUCCUGUGAUCAAUGAAUUCGCCAUUAUCACUGGUUUGAAUGCUGAACUCGACGGUGCCCUCAACGUCAAUGCCGGAGUCACUGGUGCUAUCGAUACUGGCAAACAGACUUUGUACUCGGUCGCCCUUCCUGGACUUGAUUUCCCUGGCAUCCUUACCGUCGGCCCAUCUUUCGAGAUCAACGCCCAAGCAAUCGCUAACCUCGAUAUCAACCUUGGCUUGAAAGUUGGAAUCAAGUACAAGAUCGACAAUGCUCAGCUUGUCUUCCCUCCAAACAGCCCUCGGGCGGGCAAUGGAACCUUCAGCGUCGUUGAUACUCCCCUCACGCUUUAUGCUAGCCCCGGCAUUGUUGCCGCCGGCACUGUCGAGGCGCAUCUCAUUCCUACCGUCAAGCUCGGUAUCUCCGCUUUGGGUGGCAUCGUCCAAGCUGGCGUCUUCCUUGACGUUGAUGCUAGCGCAAACUUGAAGCUCGAUCUGCACGCCUCCGCUUCUGGCACUGUCGUCAUUUCGCCUGUUGGCGCCAGGGACAUCGCCGAGCAAUUGAACCGCCGCGGUGCAACGCCCUACUGGAGCCGCGAUGAGACAUUCGUCCCAGAAGCUGGUUCUGAGAUCGCCGCUGCAGCUCUUGCUGAGGCCGCUGGCUCAACCACUACUGUAACUGAGACUGUUACCCUCCGCGAAACUGUUACCGUCACCGCCGAUCUCGCUGAGGCGACUAAGAGACCCGUUAGCACCGAGGGCAGUGCCACCUUCGGCGGCUGCUUCUCGAUUGGCGCUGGCCUCGAUGUUAGUAUCGGCGCCAACGCCGACUUCUUUGGUCUCUGGAACCCCGAAACGAGGUACACGCUCUAUGAGGAGCAAUGGGAGUUGUACGCUCAAUGCUUCGGCGACCAAGCUGCCAACGCCUCCAAACGCUCGCUGCCCACUAUUUCCCGCUUCAGUGUUCGCGCUCCUCGCUCGGUGGCACCCGAGCCAUUCGAGAGAGGCCUCCUCGACUUGCUCUGUGCUUCCAACCUUCCCGCUGCCAUCCGCGUUACAGAUGGUACCAUCUCUGCCGAAUCCAUCAGGAAACUGUAA